AUGACCCGGAAAAUGUGGGGCUUAAUUCCUGUGUUGGACUGCUCCCAGCUGCUGAGACUCUGCCCUUCGCAGUGCAAACCCUCCGUCCGCCCCAUCGCGACCCCCGGGCCCCUGCUUGACUCUCCUCAUCACAUCAUGACGGCAGACGAAGCUUUUGUGACGCUGGCCACAAAUGACAGCUAUGCCAAGGGAGCGAUGGUGCUUGGCCAGUCGCUACGAAACCACAACACAACCAGGAAACUGGUUGCACUCAUAGGACCUCAUGUUGCAGAUCAGUGCAGAGACGUACUAAGCUCCAUUUUUGAUGAAGUGUGUGUUGUGGACGUUAUGGACUCCGGUGAUGCAGCGCAUCUUGCCCUGAUGAAGCGUCCGGACCUGGGGGUAACAUUCACCAAACUGCACUGCUGGACUCUGACACAAUACAGCAAGUGUGUGUUCUUGGACGCAGACACAUUGGUGCUGUCAAAUGUAGAUGAACUAUUUGAGAGAGAGGAACUAUCUGCAGCACCAGAUCCUGGUUGGCCAGACUGUUUCAACUCCGGGGUUUUUGUCUUCAGACCGUCCAAUGAGACGCACGAGAAGCUGCUCACAUUCUGCAGUGAAAACGGCAGCUUUGACGGUGGAGAUCAGGGGGUUCUCAACAGCUACUUUAACACCUGGGCGACGGCAGAUAUUUCCAAACACCUUCCCUUCAUCUACAACCUCAGCAGUAUCGCCAUCUACUCUUACCUGCCAGCUUUCAAACAAUACGGUCACGACGCCAAGGUGGUGCACUUCCUGGGCAAGGUGAAGCCAUGGAACUACUCCUACGACGCUCAGAGGGGCGAGGUCAAAGGCCACUCCCCCGACCAGUGCCACCUACACCCAGACUACCUGCUCAUGUGGUGGCAGGUGUACGCCAAAUCUGUGCUGCCUUUGCUGCAGCAGGCCUACGGGGACACACCAUUCAGCAGCGGCUUCGUGGAUGUGAACGAGGAGAGUAAGCUUCACCAGGAUGUGAGACAGCACCCACCGCCCUUCGUUCCUCCGCCUCAGAAGGUUUCAUCAGAGGAGAGGAAGCAGCGCUGGGAAGCGGGCCAGAUCGACUACAUGGGUGACGACUCCUUCGCCAACAUCAAGCGAAAGCUUGACUCAUUUUUGAAGUAGCAGGCAGGCAAGGGAGCGUGACGGACAGAGAGUGCACCAGUUGAAGCUCUGUGUGGGCGGGGAUUUUAAGCACUGCUCAGCCUAUCACAGGGGCUUGAUUAGCAGGCGACUGGAUGAAAUGCCUCUGUGCAAUGUUAAGCCUCACUCUCUGCUUCCUGUCAGUGUGUGUGUGAAUGACAGGGAGUAGAACUUUAACACACUUCCCACGCACUCUUAUCAUAAAUUUUUUCCCUCAAAGGAAAAGUUUGACAUGUUGGAAAAUAUGUUUCUUACCAGGAGUUAGAUGAGAAGAUUGACACCACACAUCUGUUUGGUAAAUAUGAAGCUUGCUAACUUAGAUUAGCAGAUAUAGGAAACUGCUAGCCCCAUGUGUGACCUCAGCACAGCCUACAUCACUCCCUAAAACCUUAAGAGAAAAAGUCUACUGCCUGCAACCGCCUAGAAACACUUUGGCGUAACCGUCCAUAAAACUACAAAUUUUCUUUCUUUUAUACAUUUUUUGUUGUAUGGGUUAAACAAACAAGAUAGUAGUAAGCUUUAGUGGUGUUGGUAGGCGGAUUAUGUUAUGUUUGGAUGCUGUUUACUGUUACUAGUCUUUGUGCAAGGCGUUAGAACAAAAUUGGCUGGUGCAUGUGUCAUGAAUCUGACGACAAUUUUGCGUGCGCACAGUGAUAACAUUUCUAUGCAUGUAUUGCUGAAUGAGGCCCACCGAGUGGUACAAUCUUCUCACCUAAUUCUCAGGAAGUAGCGUACUUCCCAAAAUGUCAGACUGUUCUUUCAAGUGUUCUUGUGCAUCUGAUGGAGAUGGAUUCACAGUCCUGAGUCUUCCUAACCUGUGGAAACUUUCAGCAACAACAGAAACUGAAAAUAAAAAUGAGCAUAGAGCUGAAGGGGAAUCAGUAAGUUUAAAAAGUUGUUCCUGGAUUUUUACCACAACUCCUCUCCUGCAAUAAAUCUCUCCAUCUAAACCGCGUCGAAGCAGAUAUGCAGCAACUGGCUCAUUUCCGUCUUGCAGUCCCUGCUCUCCUUUGCAGCCAGUUAUGACAAUCUCGCUUAAAUCACACAGUGUUCACCUCUCCAGAGUACAUGGGUAAACUAAACGUUCCUAUCUGUGCCUCUGACACUCACCAGCUCCCUGUGACUUCAGCUUUGUAAUGUCCGGUGUUGUAUUAGGAUAAAGGUCCAUCGUGUUGUAUUUGCAUGGCACACAGUUUAAAACGUGGGUCAGUGAUGAGGUCCGUCCAACCACAUCCUGAAGUGCUGAUACUCAGUUUUGUUUGUGUUUGUGUGGGAUUAAAUAGUGCGCUCCCCAGACAUCUGUCAUCUGUAUGCGUGCCCUGCAUGUUGUGUCCCUCCCAGACCCACAUCAGUAUAAAUUUGUGCCAUGACCCGUUUCAUCACUUCCUGUCUGUGUUACCAGCUGCCUUAUUGCCGUUCACUGUUUACAAAACCACACUUACUGUUACUGCUGCUAGUAGCACAACAAAUUGAACUUUGUUGAGUCCGUCCUUUCCUCUUACUAAUACCUCCUUAACUUAACUCCAGCUGUGUGCCCUUAAACUAUAAUCUAUAGCUCCUAACAACUCCUCACUCCGUUAAACACUCCGACAAGAAGCUGGCGAGUCUCAAGAAAAGUCCAUGCGAAUUUUCUAAUCUUGUCCACCUGCUAAUUCCUGAAUAUGCAUGAGUGGAAGUGGAACAUAAUUGUAUUGACUUCAAAUAACGCAGCUCUGUCCUUUUCCCCAGCUGUUAACUGUACAUCCCUGUUAAAGCGCUAAUAAAGAACUGGUUUAUCCUCUGU